AUGUCAAAGCAAACUUUAUUAGGAAUUUGUGAUAUAGUAAAAACUAUCUCAAUUUGUUCUAUGUCCUAUAUUACUACUGAAUUAGAUUUAGAAAUAUUGUGCUCAACUAUUAUGCUAUAG